UUCGUUCAGCAUUGUUGUGUCAGUUUCGCGGCAUACACAGAACUAGCAACUGAAUCGUUUGGAUAUUUAAGUUUAAAUUAAUGUCAUUUCCAAUUAAACACAUUCCUGUGAUAUACCCAAACAACAAUGCGAAUGGGUGACGAUGAUAUGCCCAGUUUAGAAUACAUUGAGGACCCAUACUUUCCAAAACUAUCGCAACAUGCAACCCCAUCAUUUGACGACGAAUACACCGAAUUCGAUACGCGAUCGUUGAACAACGAUGGAACGGAAUGGUCACCUGAAACGGAAUUGUAUUUGCGUUCGAUGCCAUUGGACGAAAUAUUUUGCAUUGUUGACGAUCAAGACUUGCAGCGCGUUGAAGCUGAAUUGAGUCCAAUUAAUAAUUGUGCUAAUGAUCGCAAAAGAGAUUCGUUUCUGAAACGAUUUCUGACCAAAAAAUCGAUGCGUGAUGUUCGCGUAACAUUUAUCGAUUUCUCCAAACCGUACCUGGCUAAAAUAUCGAGCAGUGAUAAUUACAAGAAUUUUUUAAACAUUGGAAAUUCAGACGGUUCCGAAAAGCUGUCUGACAAUUCCCCGGGAUCAGCGUCUGUAACAUCAUUCGGAUCAGCCGAAUUCGCCGAAGAGUUCAACGGACUUUCUGUCGAAGAACAAGAUCGCCUUAGAGCAGAAUGGAGUCAGGAACUGUCCAGAGUCGAAGAAGAAAUUACAACGCUGCGUACAGUUUUGGCGUCGAAGGUUCGACAUGCCGGCGAACUGAAAAGGAAAUUGGGCAUAACCGUUUGGAAGGAGAUUUCGGAUGAUAUGAAUCAGGGCAUCAAAACUGUUAAGGAAAGCACGGUCUACCAGAAAACCGAAUCCGCAUUAAAAACAACAGCUGAAAAGACAUCGUCAAUUUUCGGCGGAAUUACAAGUGGCCUCAGUUCUAGAUUAUCACAGAUGAAAAAGUCUGAUUCGUAUAAAACGUUAGAAGAGAAGGUUGGCAGUGCCUACGAAAAUGUUAAGGGAAAGGUGACCACUCCAUCACGUUCCGGUUCAAUGAAUAGUUUCGACGAUGGACGUUCUGCUUCAGGACUACAAUCACCAACCAUUCCCGAAGAGAAAGCCAUGCCAUAAAAUCCGUCCCGGAAUCCUUCUUUACUUUAAUUCAUAACAAUAAUUGUCGUAAUUUUAUAAAGUAUGCGCCACAGCAAGAAAGAAAGACCCCUAAGCGUUAAAAAUUGAAAUGAAUUGAGUGGAACAGCAGCUCAUUUUGCACCAUGUGAGUGUGUGUGUUUCUAAUCAAAUUGAAUCUUGAUGAAAAAAAAAUGUAUUUUUUUGCAAUUAAACAAAUUUGUUCUUA